UUUGUUGUCUCUCUUAACCUUAAAUCGAACCGGAGAAAACCGUAGAAGUCACUUCACGUUGGUUCACGUGUGGUGAUGCAAAUAUUAAGAAUUUUUACAUUAUUUCCUUAUCUAAAAGAAAAUACCAGACGUUUUAGUCAAUAAAUACAUAAAAGAAGAUGUCGAAAAGGGUGCAGCCGCAAUGGAGCCCGCCGGAACGUAACGGAAGUCCGGUUUUAAAAUUAUUUAAUAGUUUAACUCGACAGAAGGAAGAAUUUGUUCCUCAAUAUGGUAACCGAGUUCUUUGGUAUUCCUGCGGACCGACAGUGUACGAUGCCUCCCAUAUGGGACACGCUAGAUCUUACAUAACGUUUGAUAUUCUUCGACGGAUUCUUGCCGAUUAUUUUGGUUACGAUGUUCUCUAUGUGAUGAAUAUAACGGAUAUCGAUGACAAAAUAAUAAAACGAGCGAGACAAAAUUAUUUAUUUGAUCAGUAUGUGGCGGAAAAUCAUACACUUGACGAGACAUUGUCCGAUGCACGAAGUAUGCUCUCAGCUAUUGAAAGUACAAUAAGAACGACAAAUGAUGCCGAUAAAAAGGAAAUGUUUAUUAAAAUGCUCGAUAGAGUUCAAACAGCCAUUGAAAAUCUUGAGAAGGCCGUGAAAUCGAAUAAUGAAAAUAAUAUCAAGGAAUGUCAAAAGAUUUUACUGGCAGAAACAAGAGAUCCGUUAUCGGAUUGGUUGGAUAAGAAGAAUGGAAGUUCAGUAACCGAGCAGUCAAUUUUUAGAAAACUCUCUGAACAUUGGGAAUCUGAAUUUCACAAAGAUAUGGACGCUAUUAAUGUCUUAAGACCCAAUGUAUUGACAAGAGUAAGUGAAUACGUUCCGGAAAUAGUGAAUUUCAUAGAAAAAAUUGUAGCAAAUGGUCUUGCGUACGAAAGUAAUGGUUCAAUUUAUUUUGACGUUGCCACCUUCGAUAAACGUGAGAAGCAUCAUUACGCAAAACUUGUGCCCGAAGCUUAUGGCGAUACAUCCAGUUUACAUGACGGAGAAGGUGAUUUAUGCAUUUCUGAGGACCGGCUAAUGGAGAAACGAUCGCCAAAUGAUUUUGCACUGUGGAAGAGUUCAAAAUCAGGUGAGCCAUGGUGGGACAGUCCAUGGGGUCGCGGUCGUCCCGGUUGGCAUAUUGAAUGCUCAGUAAUGGCAUCGGCAAUAUGCGGCGAGAGUUUAGACAUUCACACGGGUGGAAUUGACCUUAAAUUUCCACAUCAUGACAAUGAAUUGGCGCAAGCCGAGGCUUAUUUCGAUAAUCCACAUUGGGUUCGUUAUUUUCUUCAUUCCGGUCAUCUUACAAUAUCCGGAUGUAAAAUGUCCAAGUCACUGAAGAAUUUCAUAACAAUUCAAGAUGCAUUAAAGAAACAUACAGCUAGACAAUUGAGAUUUGCCUUUCUUCUUCAUUCGUGGAAGGAUACACUUGAUUAUAGCGAUGCAACCAUGGAAAGUGCUGUGCAGUAUGAGAAAUUUAUAAAUGAAUUUUUCCUAAAUGUUAAAUGCCGAAUUCGAAAUAUUGGCUCAGGAACGACACUUAGUACUUUUAAUAAAUGGACGAAUGCAGAUUUGGAAAUGAAUUUGAAAUUCACCGCAGCCAAGGAAGGUGUUCAUAAAUCCCUGUGCGAUAACAUUGAUACGAGAAGUGCUUUGGAAGUGAUUCGUGAUCUCGUCACCCACUCAAACGUCUACAUUAAAGAUACCGAAAAUCCAAAUACACUUUUGCUACGUGACAUUUCUGUUUACAUGACAAAAAUGUUUACAAUUUUCGGUGCUAUUUCCGAUUCGCAUAAUGACAUUGGUUUUCCAGUUGGCACCGAAACGGCAAACUUCAAUAUGGAGGAAACGAUAAUGCCGUAUUUAAACGUAUUGGCCGAUUUUCGCAAUAAAGUUCGCGAUCAGGCAAAAUCGAUAAAAGCAACGGAAAUUUUAAAUGAAUGCGAUACAUUGCGCGAUGAUAUUUUACCAAAUUUUGGUGUACGUUUUGAGGAUGGCGAUUUUUGUGGGAUAAAGCUUGUUGACAAGGAGGAAUUAUUGCGUGAAAAGGAAAUGAAGAAGCGUUUGGAAGCUGAGAAAGCGGCGGAGAAGGAGAAAAAGAAGGCAGAGAUUGCCGCCGCUGCCGCUGCGAAAGAUGCAUUGAGAAAAAUACCACCUGCGGAAUUAUUUUUAAUGGAGACCGACAAGUAUUCGAAAUUCGACGAGAAUGGUUUGCCAACGCUCGACGCUGAAGGUAAGGAAAUUAGUAAAGGACUUUCGAAAAAAUUACAAAAAUUGCAAUUAGCACAAGAAAAAAGGUACAACGAAUAUCUCAAUAAUUUAAAAUCAAGUUCUUAGGUUAAAAUAAAAAAAAAAAUGAAACAAAACUAAAUUAAAAACUAUUUUAAUAAAACAAUUUUAUAUUUA